AUGAGUGACUGUGGCUUUACAAUAGCAGAAUACUAUGGACCAUUUAGUGUUAAUAUUGUUUUACCAUCAUUUGACCAUGUUUUGGAAUAUGCUGUAAUAGUGUGGUCUCUAUAUCUUGUUGGUAAUAUUUUAAAACUAGAAAAUGAACAAAGCAAGCUAAGAGAAAUAGAAGAUAGAUCAAGAAGGAGCAAUCUAAGAGUUAAAGGAGUUAAAGAAGAUGAUAAUGAAAGCUGGCUAGAAAGCGAAAUAAAAGUUAAAAAAAUAUUUGAUGAGUACUUGGGCAUAAAAGAUGUAAAAAUUGAAAGAGCGCAUAGAGCUGGUAAAGAAGAUAUAAAAAAGCACAGAACAAUUGUUGUGAAAUUAUUGGAUUUUAAAGAUAAAGAAGCAAUUUUAAGAAACUCUUCAAAAUUAAAAGGAAAGAAUAUUUUUAUCAAUGAAGAUUUUUGCGCGGAGACAAAUCGAAUAAGAAAAGACUUGCGAGAGAAAAUGAAAAUUGAAAGACAAUCGGGAAAAUUUGCAUAUAUUUCUUACGACAAGCUUAUAGUACGCGAGUGGAAUGCAAAAAAAAAGUAA